AUGGUUUCUACCAUCUUACUUUCUACGACUGUGGUCUGGGGUGAGACCUGGCAUGAAGGCUAUGAGCCCUUCAAGAGAAUGAAUGAUGAUUCGAUAAUGAUAGUUUCCGCGGGGGGCAAUAUACUCUGGACAUGCGGUCCCGAAGUCAUCACGCAGGUGUCUGCCCGACGCAUCGAUUUUGUUAAACCGACUGAAAUGCUUGAUAUGCUCAACAUUUAUGGGCCUACUAUCACCGCUGCUGAGGGCGAAGAGCAUCGUGUCUUCAAAAAAGUCGCUUCGCCAUCUUUCAAUGACAAAACUUUUCAGGCGGUUUGGACAGGUGCCAUUGAGCAAACCGAGAUGAUGACGCAAAAGUGGCUCGAUGAUAGCUCUAUUUCUGACCUCAAUAGCGAUUCCGUAAAGCUUGCUUUGCAUGUCAUCAGCAAAGUGUUCUUUGGAAAGACAAUCACGUGGACGGAGGAUGAUACGAAACCCAGUCCAGGGCAUACUUUGACUUAUGAACGUGCGAUAAGUAGCGUUUUCGAGUACAACAGUACUAUAUUUCUAACCCCUCGACCAAUUCUCAACUAUUCCCCCUUGAAAAUACAAAAAACCGCAAAGGAAGCAUUCGUAGAAUGGGGAAAAUACAUGGAAGAGAUGCGAGACAGCACCGCCAAACAUCUCCAAACUCACCAUCUAAAAGAAGAAGGGACUCUCAUCGAGCACUUUGUGAAAGCCGGUACGCCUGGACUCAGCAGUCCCGACUUGUCGAUCCCCGAGGCUGCGAUCCUCGGUAACAUCUUCAUCUUCAUUCUUGCGGGCCACGAAACGAGCGCAAAUAUAUUCACAUGCGCUGUGAUUCUUCUGGCAUGUAGACCUGAUUUUCAAUCUUCUCUACAAGCUGAGAUCACUACUAUCAUUGGUGGCCGUCCACCAAGUCAGUGGUCGUAUAAGGCUGGCUUUUCCAAACUAAUGAACGGCCACGUCGGUGCGCUGAUGAAAGAAACACUUAGACUCUACACCGUCCUUCCCUUUCUACCCAAAAUCAACAAAACCAACGAGCAAGCAUUGAGAAUAGGUAAUCAAACCCACAUCUUACCUCGCGAUACACUCGUCAUGAUCAACACAAGCGCCACACAUCGCAAUCCCAAAUACUGGUCCGAGAUCCUAAAAACACAUGCAGAAACGCCAUCAUAUUCCUCAUCCGACUUUCACCCGGAGCGCUGGCUGCAUACCUCAGUGUCAAAAGCAUACAACCCGUCUGAAGGAGCGUAUAUUCCAUUCGCCGAGGGCCAUCGCUCUUGUCCCGGACAACGAUUUGCGCAGGCCGAAUUCUGCGCGGCUACUACUCGGUUAUUGAGCGAGUUUAGUGUAGAACUGAUUUGCGAACCAGGAAAGGACUAUGCGAGCACUGUUCAGAAAGUAGAAAAGCAAUUGGCACAUGAUGCUGUAUUUGAUAUGGGCUUAAAAAUGAAACACCCAGUGCCGUUAAGGAUUGUUAGGAGAAAAGCAUAA